GAUGAAUGCGUUGAGUCGAAUAGGCAAAAGUUUUUUUUUACAAUAGAUCCUAUUAAAUAGAUUAAAAAAAGGCUUUUUGUGUGGUAGGCAUUUCCAUAUUCUCUAAUAUUUAUUUUUCUCCUUUUUUUUUUAGAUUAUCGCCGACUUGAAUUUGAGAUGGAGGGUCUCCAUACACUAGCGAAUAAUCUUCACAAAGGCCUUUGUGUGUAUAAGUCGAAAUCAGACUGUUUGCAGGUGCUUCAGGCUACACAACAGUUGUCGCUCCCAUGGUGGAAUGAGCGCUGUACUGAAUAUGUCCAAACCCUUGAAAACUGUAUCGAAUCAGUCACGAACGCUUCUUUUUCUCCUGGUAUUCGGUACCCUAUCAUUGUGUUGGAGGGUCUUGAUGGGGUCGGAAAAACUUUAACAACACAGGCACUUGCCUCAAAGUUGGGGGGAAUGGAGCAGCACACACCGCCACCCGCGUGGUCUGACAUUCGUCCACUAUUCCGUAUGCAAGAUAAUGAUAUUUCGCGUGCAUUUUACUCAGGCUCCAAUUACAUCGCGGCCCCAUCCAUACUUCAUGCCGCUUACACACAGUUCGUGAUUGUGGACCGCUGGUGGUGCUCUACAUGUGCGAUGGGACUCGCUAAUCAGUUCACGACGAGCACGCUUCCUCCUGAUGGUGAUGCGGUAUACGAGUGGCCCUCGGAUUUAUCUAAGCCUGAUUUUGGCUUUUAUCUAUUUGUGGAUGAGCAUAUUCGAUCUACACGUGUACGCAGGCGAGGUAAUGAAGAUUCCGAGGAACAAAUGCUAUCAAAGAAGUCCGAAAUGAGAGCCACGGCAUCCGAGGCCUAUCGUCGAACCCACCUUUUACAUCCGAUUGAAGUUCCUAAUUUUCGAGCAGCAGUAAACAUAAUUUUAGCCUUUUUGAAGGAGAAAGGCAUCCAUCAUUUACCAGUUCCAUUUAGUGACGCUGAGGUAGCGGAAAUCAGACCUUUUUAAGAAGAGUUCAAGCUUCUUUUGAUAUACUCAUUUAAAGUUUGCAGAGAUUGGGCGGGUAGAAGGACAUAAUUCAAAGGGUUUGCGCUUAUUUUACCUUGUACUAUCUUUGCCACACUGACAAUUCUAUUUGUACGA